AUGGAACAAUAUUCUAGGCGUAUGAACAUUCAGAUCGAUGGUAUACCGGUUACACAGGGUGAAAAGGUGGACGAUAUCGUCGAGAAGUUGGGAAAUCUUUUAGAAGUUGCUUCUCCGAUUGAAAGUGUACUUUCCAUGCACCGUGUACCGUCAAUUAAUGCUAAGAAGUGUCAACCAAUUAUUGUGCAGUUCUCAAACCCUAUGCAGAGAAGAAAGUGGCUGGAAGCAUACCGCAAAAAACGAGAUGUUACUUCUACGGAUCUCAACCCUGUCCUCCAACCAAAAACCAACAUCUAUAUCAACGAGCAUCUGACGAGGGAAAAUAAAACUUUGUUGGCGGCAACCAAAGCUGUGGCCAAGGAGCGAGGCUACCAGUUCGUAUGGGUGCGGCAAGCAAAAAUCUACGUUCGGAAGGAGCACAACAGCAAAGCAGUUAGAAUUUUCACUCAUGAUGGGUUACAAAAACUUGUUUAA